AUGACGAGACCAUCCACAGCCCAACGCGGAAUGGUUUACGGCCGCGAAAGGGCCACGCCCAUCACUGAUGGCUCGAUCCACAUAUUUUGGAUCAAAACAAGUGCUAUUCCUGAGAGAGAUGCCGAGCCUUUCGUUCUUCAUGUUGCAAUUCGGAGCGUACGACUUACAUCCAGACUCGCCUUGGACCAACCCGGAACGUUGCAACUAUUGAGUGAUGUUCUCCUUGUCUCGAAAACAGACACUAUCUCCUCUGCAACUGAUUCUGGACGGAUCGUAUCAUGGCUUAUCUCCUUCGUUUACGGCCGACGAUCGCUUGGCUGGCUGACUUCACGGGGCCCCGUAUCUCAACGUUUUUGCCCAGAACCACUGACUCCCAUCAAAAACCACCUACAAAAAGCUAAAAGCCCAUACAUCCCGGACACUCUAUACGCCAUGUCUGCAACCCAGCUGCCGAACGGGUACAAGUCUUUCGGCCCGAAGGCCAACUGCACCCUCGAGGUGUGCCCGCUGGAGGCCAGUCUCCUGCGCUACCAGCCCUCGAUCCCGGUCAAUGGAACCUUCAUCGGCCUCUUCGCUUUGGCGAUGAUCAUCCACACCUUUCAGGGACUGCGGUCGAGGAACUGGGGGUUCAUGGCGAGCAUGCUAGGCGGCUGCCUCUUGGAAAUCAUUGGCUAUGUCGGGAGACUUAUCUUGCACGACAACCCGUUUUCGUUUGGAGGUUUCCUGCUACAAAUCAUCUGCAUUGCCGUCGCCCCGGUCUUUUUCUGCGCGGCUAUUUACGUCACGCUGUCCAAGGUGAUCAUCAAUGUCGACCGCUCGAUCUCCCGGUUCCACCCUAGCCUGUUCUACCACAUCUUCAUCCCAUGCGACAUCGUCUCCCUUGUUCUUCAGGCGACAGGCGGAGCGCUAUCCACCGUCGGGAACAACAAGGCGCAGGUGCAGAAAGGCGUAAAUGUUUCGUUGGCCGGUCUCAUUUUCCAGGUCGUGUGCCUGGUGGCCUUCUGUGCCCUGUUUGCAGACUACUUGAUCACAUGCGCGCGGAAACCCGAAGCCCGGCAGCGGAUGACGAAACGCAUGCAGACGUUCGUUGCGUUUCUGUUCCUCUCCUCACUCCUGAUUCUCGUUCGCUGCUCGUAUCGCAUCGAGGAGUUGAAAGAGGGCUACUUCAGCGAGAUGUUCCGCAACGAACCGCUGUUUAUCGGUCUCGAGUCCUCGGUCAUGGUUGUUGCGGUAUUCUGUCUAGUCAUCGGAAAUCCUGCCAUUGGUUUCAGCCGGAGAGGGAACGCCGAAUCGGCUACGGAGGGAACGUUCGAACACCUUCGUUCUCGACAGGAUAGCAUACCAAUGGCAUCAGUGGACAGGAAAGGGUCAUUGGCCGGUCCAAGUAGCGUGUGA